UAGGCCUAACUACAUUUACAGCGUUUGGACAGGGACUAUCUAAUCCACUCGCCUACUUCACUAACGGUUUCAUAGGCAUGCGCACUCUGCCUUUGACAUCAUUCAACAGAAUCGUUUAGAGGUGAUCGUCUGUUCUAAUUUCGACUACAUUUAUUUUAAUUUCGUUUAAAUCACCGCACACAAUCUUUUCAGGGACCGAGCAUCAUUAUGGCAUCGAGCGGCUAUUUGCAAGCGGUGAUGUUGUUGUUAGCGGUGCAGCUGGUAUGUGUUCGGCCAAGUGAUGCAGAACAGGAGACAGGGACGGUAAUUCCUGCCGAAAGUCGUCCUUGUGUGGACUGUCAUGCAUUUGAAUUCAUGCAGAGGGCACUGCAAGACCUCAAGAAGACGGCUUUCAACCUGGAUGCCAGGACUGAGACCCUGGUGUUGAGGGCAGAGAGACGAGCUCUCUGUGACUGUAUGCCAACUAACACCCUACGUUGAGUCAGGUUGUGAUAUGCCCCUGAGCAUACCGACCAAGCCCACGCACACAAUGGCCCGACACUCACUUUUAUCCAUGGCAAACAUUGCUGGAUUAGAUAUGUUACUCUGAGCCUCCUCCUGUAGAGAAUUGUGAAACUUUUGUUUAGUAAUUUGUACAACUGACGCUUUCUUUUAUUUGCUUGCAUAUCCAAAGUGGCAUUGCAGUGGUUUAAUUAGGUUCAAUUUAGUUUUUUGGAUGAGUUUAGAUAAACCAGCAGUGUGUUACCAUGUCAUUUCGAAAAAUUUACAUGCAAGUGUCUAAGAACACGUCUUGUGUUUUACAUGAGGUUUUUAAAACAUAUCUGGAUCAAGGUGUGAGAAAACAUACACACCUGUGACAUUAAAAAGAAAACACAGUUUCUAUUUGGAUGUUAAUUUGCACUGAAGCGUAGUAGUUCUGUAUGUAUAUUUGAACGACAGAUGUCUCUAGAAAUGCAAGGCAAACGGUAACCAAUAAAAAUAGCUGGUAAUUCAUUAUAACAAAACCCAUAUCAUUUUAAGAAAGUGUCUUGUGCAGUUUGCAACUCCAGGCCUUGUGAAUAAGUGUACUUUUUAGAGGUCUCUAUGCGGGACCAGGUAUCACACACUGCUGCAUGAAUAUGAAUGUAGAACCACACAAAUGUAAAGAAGUUGUUCAUGGCACUCCGUUGGUUGAAUCAUGACUACACAAUUGGCUACAUUUAGCAAUAUGUUGUAUUAUUAUUAUGUCUAGGUCAGAUGUAUACAGAUAAGAGCUGGAUGAUGUGGUAGUCAAGAGACUUUAGACAAAUAGUCACAUCACACUUUAAUAGGAUGGUAAAACCUGACAAUGAUAUUAAUUCAAGAGAUGUCCUUCGGAGAAGGAACCUUUGUAAAAAUAUUCUGUGUUCUUGUCAUUACUUUUCAUUUGUUACUGAACAAUUGGUUUUGUUAAUCAUAUGCACAGAGUACGCAAGGCAAACUACAAAAUUACAUUCCUACUGUUAAUAAGCUGCUUUUAGUAAUGUCUUGUUUUAUUUGGUAUUAAAGUUAUUAUACCUUUAA